UCAGCCUUCGAGUCAGACAUGAGUGAGAUCAUCCUGUGCCAGAAUGAGGUAGACCUGGCCCUCAAGAACCUGCAGACCUGGAUGAAGGAUGAGCCUGUGUCCACCAACUUGCUCACGAAGCUGAGCUCAGCCUUCAUCCGGAAGGAGCCCUUUGGCCUGGUGCUCAUCAUUGCACCCUGGAAUUAUCCUUUGAACUUGAUGAUCCUGCCCCUAGUAGGGGCCAUCGCUGCAGGGAACUGCGUGGUUCUAAAGCCAUCAGAGAUAAGCAAGAACACAGAGAAGGUGCUGGCUGAGCUGCUGCCCCAGUAUCUGGACCAGAGCUGUUUUGCUGUGGUGCUGGGUGGGCCCGAGGAGACCCGGCAGCUGCUGACACACAAAUUUGACUAUAUCUUCUUCACAGGGAGCCCUCAGGUUGGCAAGAUCGUGAUGGCUGCUGCUGCCAAACACCUGACACCCAUCACCCUGGAGCUAGGGGGAAAGAACCCCUGCUAUGUGGAUGACAACUGCGACCCCCAGACUGUAGCCAACCGUGUGGCCUGGUUCCGCUACUUCAAUGCUGGCCAGACCUGUGUGGCCCCCGAUUACAUCCUGUGUAGCCAGGAGAUGCAAAAGCGGCUGGGGCCUGCCCUGCAGAAUGCCAUCACACGGUUUUAUGGAGACAACCCACAGACCUCCCCUGUCCUGGGCAGAAUCAUCAACCAGAAACAUUUCAAGCGGCUCCAGGGACUGCUGGGCUGUGGCCGUGUGGCAAUUGGAGGCCAGAGCGAUGAGUCAGAGCGCUACAUUGCACCCACGGUGCUGGUAGAUGUGCAGGCAUCAGAGGCAGUGAUGCAGGAGGAGAUCUUCGGGCCCAUCCUGCCCUUGGUGACCGUGAAAAGCCUGGAUGAGGCCAUCGACUUCAUUAACCAGCGAGAGAAGCCACUGGCGUUGUAUGCCUUCUCCAACAACAACCAGGUGGUGAAUCAGAUGUUGGAACGCACCAGCAGCGGUGGCUUUGGAGGCAAUGAUGGUUUCCUCUACCUGACUCUACCCGCCCUGCCCCUGGGGGGAGUUGGCAACAGUGGAAUUGGCAGGUACCACGGCAAGUUCUCCUUUGAUACCUUCUCCCAUCAGCGUGCCUGUCUGCUGCGCAGCCCUGGGAUGGAAAAGCUUAAUGACCUCCGUUACCCACCUUAUGGUCCCUGGAACCAGCAGCUGAUAAGCUGGGCCAUGGACUCCCAGAGCUGUACCCUCCUAUGA